CUACAGGAGAACGCGUGUUUGCGGUGACUUCAAUUAAUCAAGGAACUUUUUUAUAUGUUUGUGUCAGGAUAUAUUCAACACUAUCGUUUAAACAAAUUUUUAGAUAAAAUAGGGAUAUAGAACUAUAGUUUAUGCGCUUUAGUUAGAUUGGUUGAGGGAAAAGUUUGAGAUACCUGGCGCCUGGGAAUUGCCCGCGGAGCACCGGAAGUGGACUUGGAUGAAUAUCAUGAGGGCCGUGAGUUUUGAGAACUUUUUAGCAAAGAAGUACGGGACGGAGAAGAGAUUCGGCUUAGAAGGCUGCGAAUCGUUCAUUCCGACCAUGGCGGAAUGCAUGGAAACAUCGGCUUUACAUGGUAACUAAACUGAUUCUCCUGAACCCAGGUAUCGAGCAAAGUUUCCAAGUGAUUUUUCUGAGUUUCCGUUUACGAUCUUUAAAAUUUCGAUUCUAUCUUGAUUUAUUUGCCUUAUUUAUUGGUCAGGAGUCGAAACUAUAGUUAUCGGUAUGGCGCAUCGUGGUCGUCUAAAUACUUUGGCGAACAUCUGCUUGAAACCGAUGAGUCAAUUGUUUACUCAAUUCAACCCGAUCGCUCUGGAAGGAUUCGGUUCCGGUGACGUAAAGUAUCACCUUGGAACGCACUCGGAGAAACUAUUAGAAAGAACCAAGAAGAAAAUUCUUGUCGCCAUAAUGGCGAACUCUUCUCAUCUGGAAGCAAUCGACCCGGUUAUAGUCGGUCGUGUUCGCGCCGAACAAGUCGAGAAAGGUGACUAUAAACGUAAGUGUUGAGAAACGUAAUAUAAUUUUCUAACAAACGAUAAGACUUCCUUGAAAUAAAUCGACUUCUGCAGACGGCAAAAGAUCGUUGGCUAUACUGGUUCACGGUGACGCCGCUUUUGCU